UUUUUCCAUGAGUCCUAGCGACUUAACAAGUGUAAUACUAGAUUUAGUAUAAUUCAGGUAUAGUUUCAAAAUAUGUCACCGAAUUUGGCAGAUUUGAUACCUGAAAUGGCUACCAAACUGUGUUAGGACGAAGAAUAUUUAAAUGAUUAUGGCGAAAUCUCUAUAUUUCUAAUUCUACUUAAAAUGGAAAAGCAUAGAAAAUUUUUAGAUCCGAGUCAAGCCAAAAAAAUAGAGAGAACAUUAGGCUUAACUCAAUCUUAAAGUUCUGAGUUAGAACUCCGUCAUUUAUUAAUUAUCUUGUAAUGACAAUUGGAGGUAAUAUUUAAUUAACUAUAUGUUUGAAAGUACUUCAUUAUAAGAAUUAUGGAAAGUUCUAAUUUACUAGAAUUAAACAAUUUAUCUGAAUUCCCAUUACUAUAUUCUAUAAUAAAAGCUUCAAAAGACCUAGCUCUAAGAGUAGGAAUUGAUUAUUCAUGCAGAUAUAUGAUCAGCCAGGAGUACUCUCUCUCCUUUUAAAAAUUUGGUAUUGUACUAAAAUAUUCAUUUCUGUACUCUAAGUUUGUU